CCUGGGCAGCGAUCUUUCUAGAACAAACCACUAGAGCCCUAUAAGUUUUAGCUCACGGAGUGAGAGAGCAGAACACCGAUAAAAAAAUGCUAUUUAUUGUAUUUUUCUUAUUGUUAGGUUCUUUUGGACCAUUAACAGGGUUACAGGGAAACCUGGAGAAUAUCCCAGUGGACUCGGGGCACAAGGCAGAGGACACCUUGGAUGGAGUACCAACCCAUCACCGGGCUAAAUCCAGUCACAUGCUGCAGUACGUCACUGCUAUCACACCAGCCAUGAACACCACAGUUGGUGAACUGGAUGGUGAGCAGUUUGUGUGCUACUGCAGCUCAAAGAUCAUCUCAAAGGCGGACUGGAUAGAGAACAUUGAUGAUGAUUACUGGAAGUAUGAGAAGAACCGAAUGUGGCGUGAAAUCGACGACCUCCAUUAUCAUCUAAAUCAAAUAGUGGAACAUUUCAAUCAUACUAAAGGUAAUCAUACACUACACAGGGUGUACAGAUGUGACCUCGAGGAUGACGGCACCCAGAAAGGAUUGAUUCGAUUCUAUUAUGAUGGGGAAGCUUUCAUCAGUCUGGUUCUGAAAAUUAGAAACUGGACUGCAGCUAAUGACAAAGCUGAGAGCUUCUUAAACAAGUGGGAAUAUACGACAAAGGAGGCAAAUCACUGGACGUACCACCUGAACACCACCUGUGUACAAACAUUAAGGCUGUUUCUGGAAAGGAAAGCCAAUCAUAUGCUGCAGAACAUCACUGCCAUCACACCAGCAAUCAGCUCCACAAGUGCUGAACUGAAUGGUGAGCCGUUACUGUCGCUGUGCACAAAAACCACAAAGGUCCCGGAGUGGAAAAAUACGACUGGUGCUGGUGAAGAAUCAGAUGGAAGACCAGACUGGCAGAUCACCAUCGCUGCUGUCCUCAUUCUCCUCCUUCUUGUUGGUGUCACUGCUGCCAAAUUCGCUGUCUCUGCUGCUAUCGCUAUGGUUACUGGCCUUAUCGGGAUUAUCAUCUGGCACAUACAGAACAGAGUUAAGAGGAAGAAGGAAAAUGAAGACCUUCCACUGAAAGCAGUUGAAUAUUGAAGCGAUCGUCCACUGUUCAGUCUGUCCGUCAGUGUUCAUUAGGAGUAUCUCAGUUUACCAGUAGUAGAUGAUUUAUUAUUGUGGCUAAAUGGUCAAGCUUUUUAUUAUGAAACUUGAAAAAUCUUUUCACUGCAUCAGUAGCGAGUGUGUGAGGUCCUGACUUCCUGAGAGGUCAGUAUUUGGCAAAAACACCUGACUGAUUUACAAAAUCAGUGAAUCUAUUAAAGCAAAAUAUAGAAGCAUUAAAUAAUUGCAACAUAAAAAUAUAAAAUCCACAAAAACUCUAUAACUAAAGGAUGCAAUGCUUUGUGUAUAAACCUGAUUUAAUUCAAGUGUAAUUAAAUCUGAUGAACAAAUCCUUAAUCAGAGCUGCUGUAAAAUCUGCAGUAUUGUAUGUGAUCAUCACCACCACAAUUUAUUUCAGGUCAUGUAUCGUUACACACAAACUAUAUUAUAUGUAUUUUUUAUCAGUAGCAAUGGGUUAUUGAUAUUUUACUCAGAUUCCAUAGACGAUCAUGCUCUCAGGUCUGAGAUCAUCAGCAUCCUCUAAUUUGUUCAUUAUGAUACUUAUUGAUCCAUCACCAGUUUAUACACUCAGUCUGUUACACUUAGCAGCUACCGUACAGGACACUAUUAGAUGUUUGUAUUUAAUGAAAGAUUAUAGCUGGUAUGCAGUGUUACCGAAAGGCAUUGAAUAGUUUGUCAUUGAAGAUAAAGAAAACCUUUAAUGUGAAAUUGUAAGAGUUAUACAGAGUACAGAGUGUAGAGACUGAUUCACUUAGCAGCACAUCUCACACUGCCAUGUCUGUCACUGCUAUAACAUCUGGCAGUGGGAGGGACAUUACUCUCUUUCUUUAUCUGUCAGUCUGUCUGUCUGUCGUCCACAAACAGGACCAAAAAGACAACAACCAAAAACUUGAAACACGCUACGCUACAGAUGCAGUGUAUGCUGAUAUUUAUGGCACUUUUUUUGCUUUUUUUUUUUUACGACAGAUUAUUUAUUGCCUUUUUAUAACCGUUUUGA